AUGAUACAUGGACUCUUUAACUGGGAGAAGGAGGGUGGAAGUUCAGAGAAGCGGCCACAGCGCCCCGAGCUGGCGGAGAGCAGGCAGCGGUCCUCCAAGCCACAGCGCCCCGAGCUGGCGGAGAGCAGGCAGCGGUCCUCCAAGCCACAGCGCCCCGAGCUGGCGGAGAGCAGGCAGCGGUCCUCCAAGCCACAGCGCCCCGAGCUGGCGGAGAGCAGGCAGCGGUCCUCCAAGCCACAGCGCCCCGAGCUGGCGGAGAGCAGGCAGCGGUCCUCCAAGCCACAGCGCCCCGAGCUGGAGGAGAGCAGGCAGCGGUCCUCCAAGCCACAGCGCCCCAAGCUGGAGGAGAGCAGGCAGCGGUCCUCCAAGCCACAGCGCCCCGAGUUGGAGGAGAGCAGGCAGCGGUCCUCCAAGCCACAGCGCCCCGAGCUGGCGGAGAGCAGGCAGCGGUCCUCCAAGCCACAGCGCCCCGAGCUGGCGGAGAGCAGGCAGCGGUCCUCCAAGCCACAGCGCCCCAAGCUGGCGGAGAGCAGGCAGCGGUCCUCCAAGCCACAGCGCCCCGAGCUGGCGGAGAGCAGGCAGCGGUCCUCCAAGCCACAGCGCCCCAAGCUGGAGGAGAGCAGGCAGCGGUCCUCCAAGCCACAGCGCCCCGAGUUGGAGGAGAGCAGGCAGCAGUCCUCCAAGCCACAGCGCCCCGAGCUGGCGGAGAGCAGGCAGCGGUCCUCCAAGCCACAGCGCCCCAAGCUGGAGGAGAGCAGGCAGCGGUCCUCCAAGCCACAGCGCCCCGAGUUGGAGGAGAGCAGGCAGCGGUCCUCUAAGCCACAGCGCCCCGAGCUGGCGGAGAGCAGGCAGCGGUCCUCCAAGCCACAGCGCCCCGAGCUGGCGGAGAGCAGGCAGCGGUCCUCCAAGCCACAGCGCCCCAAGCUGGAGGAGAGCAGGCAGCGGUCCUCCAAGCCACAGCGCCCCAAGCUGGAGGAGAGCAGGCAGCGGUCCUCCAAGCCACAGCGCCCCGGUGCAGGGAGAAGGCAGCGGUCCUCCAAGCCACAGCGCCCCGAGCUGGAGGAGAGCAGGCAGCGGUCCUCCAAGCCACAGCGCCCCGAGCUGGAGGAGAGCAGGCAGCGGUCCUCCAAGCCACAGCGCCCCGAGCUGGCGGAGAGCAGGCAGCGGUCCUCCAAGCCACAGCGCCCCGAACUGGAGGAGAGCAGGCAGCGGUCCUCCAAGCCACAGCGCCCCGAGCUGGAGGAGAGCAGGCAGCGGUCCUCCAAGCCACAGCGCCCCGAGCUGGCGGAGAGCAGGCAGCGGUCCUCCAAGCCACAGCGCCCCGAACUGGAGGAGAGCAGGCAGCGGUCCUCCAAGCCACAGCGCCCCGAGCUGGAGGAGAGCAGGCAGCGGUCCUCCAAGCCACAGCGCCCCGAGCUGGCGGAGAGCAGGCAGCGGUCCUCCAAGCCACAGCGCCCCAAGCUGGCGGAGAGCAGGCAGCGGUCCUCCAAGCCACAGCGCCCCAAGCUGGAGGAGAGCAGGCAGCGGUCCUCCAAGCCACAGCGCCCCCGGCGCGGGGAGAAGGCAGCAGUCCUCCAAGCCACAGCGCCCCGAGUUGGAGGAGAGCAGACAGCGGUCCUCCAAGCCACAGCGCCCCAAGCUGGCGGAGAGCAGGCAGCGGUCCUCCAAGCCACAGCGCCCCAAGCUGGAGGAGAGCAGGCAGCGGUCCUCCAAGCCACAGCGCCCCAAGCUGGCGGAGAGCAGGCAGCGGUCCUCCAAGCCACAGCGCCCCAAGCUGGCGGAGAGCAGGCAGCGGUCCUCCAAGCCACAGCGCCCCAAGCUGGCGGAGAGCAGGCAGCGGUCCUCCAAGCCACAGCGCCCCGGCGCGGGGAGAAGAUGUAA